CAGAGGCUCGUGAAUCUUUGUUCGUCUAGCAGUCGUCAGUCGUGAGUUGAAUCUCGGCAAUUGUGUCGUGUCGUGCGUUUUGUAGGUUCACCAACCGUUAGGUGAAGUCUAUGGAUCGCAUUUUGCAUGGCGUCGUCGCUUCUAAUCACUCCAACGAAUUUAAGCGAGCUCUCUUGACUAAAAUAUCUUCAAGUUUAUCGAGUGGACGCGUACUACCAAGCGACGAAGUAAAAUCUAUCAUCAAAUUUGGCAUUGAAUUAUGUCUGUCCGUUUCGGGGACUGACUUUGAGAUCUAUGCUGGGAAGUAUAUCCUCGCCGAGUGGGGAAAAGCGUUUCCAGUCGAUUUACAGAUUUCUCUUGCUCCUCAGGCGUUGUUGAGCGUUGUGACGUCAAAUGACGUCACUGACCUCAAGAUCCGGGCGUGUGGCACAUUUUUGUCGGUUUUGAGAGAGAUUAAUGCCGACUUGUCUGUUCACUAUGGAGUUGUGAGAGUGCUGCUUACAGGGCUAGCUGCUGGUGAUAGUGCUAUAUCUUUGAGUAUAUGUGGUGAGGUGACUAGCAUUUUGCAACAGUUUCCGGCCUGUUUGCCAUGUGGAGAUGCUCUUCCUCUGUUUAUAAGAUCUCUCAUACGAAGCCUCAGUGUAGCAUCUAUUGAAGACGCAGUUUGUGUUGAUCGCAUUGCAUGUGUUCUUGGUAGUAUUUGGUCGGCGGAGCCUUCGCUUAUCUCUCACAGUCUGAACGUGAUGUUUGACAUUAUUUCUUGUGAGUGCGGUCCUGAACCUCAACCGGCUCUAGCAUCAGUUGUCCAUUAUAUUCCCGUCUCUCUUAUCUCGUUGGCAAUUGAAGCGGUCUUGAGGAAUGUGUCCGUUAUGGAUGUUCAUAUAGGAUUGGCGCUUCAGCGAAUGAUUGACUGGCUGCAAUGGCCAAACGCAGAAGCUGUUGAUAAAUGGAUUAUUGCGUUUCUCAAGGCUCUAGGUCAAGCCAGAAAGUUCUCUGUUCUCAUACGAGUCGCUAAAGGCAAGGUGGAACAGUUGUUUAGGAUGAUGAAGGUGGUCAAUGUACGAGACCAGACAUUUCCUGUUCUAUCUUACAUCCUAUUGAGCUACCAACACUCUCCAGACUGUUUCCACAGGAUUGUCACUGAUAUUCCGGCAUUUGUGAAGUCUUUAACAGAAGAGGCAAACAAUACUGAGAUUUCUCAGAAAUUCGCCGAGCUAGUUCAGUGUCUCAUGUACCUGCACUCAGGAUAUCCAGACCUUUAUGAACCCGUCUUGAAGUCAUUAGAAGGAUUACCUCAGCUGUCUGACGACGAUAUUAAUCAUUGCAUUGCUCAGAAUGCAUGGACAGCAGACUCGAGGGACGACAGCGAUCUUUUUAGUUUAUCUUUGCCGCAGUCUCGAUCAGACACCGGAAUGAUAGGGCUGGUAAACAUGGGCAACACGUGCUUUAUGAACAGCGUAUUGCAAGCUCUGUUUAUGAAAGACGAAUUCUAUAUUGCUGUUCUGUCAGAGAAACCUUCCUCGAAUCGGCCCUUUCUCGUCCAUCUACAAGCUUUGUUUGCUUUUCUAACCUUAUCAAAGAGAGCUGCUUAUGCUCCUCGUGCUUUCCAUCAUGUGACGAGACCGCCGUGGUUUACUCCAGGACUUCAGCAUGACUGCAGUGAGUUUCUUCGUUUUGUACUUGAUCAGCUGCAUGAGGAAGAACUGGCUGCUUGUGGUGAAAGUACAACGACAACUUCUCUCAUUUCAAAACACUUCAUGGGUAUGUUUAAGAUAACCUGUGUAUGUGACUCCUGUGGAUGCCAGUCUUCACUGUCUGAGCCGUUUACUGAAAUGGCGUUAGCCGUGCCAGAUAAGCAAGAAUCACAAACAGCAACCAUGUUGCCUCUACUCGUCGAUAACUUUCUGGCAGACGAGAAGCUUACAAACGAUAAUCAGUAUUUUUGUGAGAAUUGUGAUGGAUUGAGAGAUGCUUAUCGAUGGGUGAUGGUGCAGGAAGCUCCUCGGUGUUUAAUCAUCAGUUUGAAGCGUUUCGCUUACCACGUUGAGACGAAAACUCGCUCGAAGGUUCUUCGAGAAGUGACCUGUCCUAUCAAGCUGGACUUACCUGUACUGAGAAAUGGAGACUAUGCGCAAUAUGUGUUGACAUCUGUGGUGGUACACUCGGGUACCAGCUCCGAUUGUGGACAUUAUUACACAUAUGCAAGGCACUCGGCUGAAGCUCAGUGUGUAGAAUCGACUGGCGGUGAGGAUCACAAAGAGUCUACCAAAGGGUGGUUUUUAUUGAAUGAUAGUCAUGUCACUGGUUCAUCGUUCGACAGUUUCAGUAACCUAACGAAACGUUUUUCGAAGGAUACCGCGUAUCUUCUUUUCUACAACCGGUUGACUGAUGGCAAAAAUCAGGUAUCUAGACCAAGAGACAUCAUACCAAGAGAUUUAUCCGACAUGGUGACAGAAGACAAUGUCAGAUAUCUGGAAGAACAAGAAAGCAAAGCCAGACGUGUCUUUGCUUAUCAAAAGGGCAUGUGGAAUGAUAGCUCGGGACCUUGGCGGGAUUACGAUUCUGACCCUUCGGGAAAAGGUGGACCAUCUGGCAGCUGUGGGAUGGGAGGAAGUGGAGUCGGGCAGCAGGCAAAUCGAUUUGUGUUUUGACUGACUCAC